AUGGAUGGGUUAUUUUCUCCAAGCGUUGCUUACAAAUCGAUUAUCAAAAACCGAUGGGGCGAGCCAAACUCGCUUUGGAACCGAAUUUGGAAACUCAAGAUCACGGAGAGGCUGAAAUUGUUUCUUUGGAAACUCUGCAAAGAUAUUCUUCCUUUUGGAAGUCGGCUCCGGAGGAUCUUUGGUAAUAAUAACAGUUGUGCUAUCUAUGGUGAAGCGGAUGAUUCGGCUCAACAUCUCUUCUGGAAGUGUCCUCUUGCUAAGGUAGUGUGGUUUGCUAGUCGCUGGUCCAUUAGAAGCGAAAACCUCCAGUUUGAUUCUCCGAGAAAGAUGGUUGAAUGGAUUCUAAAUCCUGAUUUUUUGAGUGGUGCGGAUGCAGGAGACAUAGGCGAAUUCAAUAGAUUCGGUAUCUGCUUGAUUGAUGAGUUGUGGACUGCUAGGAAUCGAGCUUUUCAUGAUAGGGUCAAUCCGUCCUGGAGGGGAGUUUUGUCUAGAGUUCAGGGAGCUGCCUCUUGCCUUUUCACUGCUUCGGACAAUCGGCCAAAUCUGGAGGUGGUUCAACAUGCUCACAGGGAUAUUUAUGUGGGUAAUUUGGUUUUAUUUGUGGAUGCAGUCUUCAAAGAUUCGCGUGCCACGGCGGGGAUUGUAGUGUCGGAUUCAGAGGGCAGUCUCUUGGAAGCAAAGGCUGUGAAUUUUGAUGCAACUCAGCCGCUGGAAGCCGAGUCCUGUGCCUUGAUUCAUGCUCUGAACUGGUGUCAAACCAGAGGAUGGAGACAGGUUGUUGUUGUCUCCGACUGCCUGUUGCUGGUGCAGGGGUUAGAGGCGCGCAGGGCCCCCGACUGGCGGUUCAUGGGUGUCUUUUGGAAGCUGUUGGAGCUGUUGGAAGUCUUACCUGAAGUGGAGGUUGUUUGGAAGCCUCGGGCACAGGUUCAGCGGCUCAUUUGGUUGCUCAGUGGGCUUUUAGACUUUCUUUUACUGGUUUUUUAUCUGCAGAGGAGCUGGUCCCUCUUGUGA